AGAGGGCGACAUGCGAGGUAUCAUGGUAGUGGGCGAAUGGGUCGCCAGCAAGCUGCGAGCCAGUGGCGACAGCAAUACUCGCUUGACUCGGAAGUGGGUGGAAGACCAUGUCCUACAGGAUCUUUCGCACGGCGGUGGAGGGGCUCGAGGUGUGGGACGAGGAGGUCCCAAGGAUGUAGUGGAACGGGUCUUCAAGGAAGGCGCAGGCUUUCCCAGACAAGCUGCAUUGGCCACUCCGAUUCAGCAUGCUGGCAGCGACGGUGUCAAAGGUGUAGCAGAAGGUUUGCGAAGAACAGCAACCGAGAGACUUCGCGAGCUCAUCGAUACCCACGGCGACACCGACCGGAUCAUGACCGAUUGCUUCUCUUCAUAUCCCGAGCAUCAGUUCCAAGACGACACGUACCUCUCCAAACCUGACGCAGCAUAUGAAUGGCUUAAUUUUCAUGAUCGUCUCAGUGGAGCUGUUUUCAGCAGCAAUGAGUGGGAAUUGGCGCCAUAUUUGAGCACACCAGUGCUUGGAUUUCACCAUCUUUUUGCCUCUGCCACCACAAGACAGUACUUCGAAAAAGACGCCAAGAAAGACGGAGAUGAUGCAGAUGCUGAGCCUACUCAUCCGUUCGCUGGCGCGCAAGCGUCGUGGGCAGCUCACGAGGCGACAAAGCAAAACGAAGCAUACAUUGAUGCUUUGCAAUCUUCCCUCGCGCCAUCACUGCAACGCCUGUUCAGCAGCACAUCAGACAUUGCCACAGAUCUGCAACCAUAUCUCCUCAGAAUGCUCACACCAAACAUCAACCCGAUCAUUGUUGGUGGAAGUGGCAGUGAUAAAGGUACAGCAUCUGUACGUAAAGCCUCGGAACAAGUCUUGGUCAAACGAGCUGUCAACGCCAUGGGUGCAUCGGGAGUCCGCUUCGAACGCGUGAGACUAGACGACGGCCCCGGCCAGAGCUACGGUAACACACAAUGGAUAUAUCGCAUCGAGCCCCCUCUGGAUACACUCUGCACGUUCGAGACCGGCGGCAAAGGCUUCGGGGACGCUGGCGCCAAGACGCGAUAUGCCGUACGACAAGUGAUUACGCAGGAGUGGAGGAAGGAAGAAGCGCGCAUCAACGAGGAGAACCGCAUGGCAAGAUUCGGCUUGACCAAUGCGUCGUAUAUUGAUCCCGCUGCGGGGCAGCUGCUGAAGAGGAAAGCGACGAAAGAGGAUGUUGAUCUGGAAGGGAAGAGAAUCGUGCGAGAUUUCUUCGGUCGAGCGGUCGUCGUGGGUGUUGAGACGGAUGCGCAAAAGAACAACAAGAAGAGGCAAGGCACAUCGAGAAAGAGGAGCCUGGGGGCAUUCGUCAAAUUCCAAGACGGGUAUUCGAAUGCUGUGAGGAAGCCCAUCACAUUGGCAGAGUUCAUGAAGGAUCUGUGAACAAAAUGAAAAUGAAAUGAAAUGAAUCGAG